AUGCAACCCUUGCCAGUCGCAAACUUGAAAUACAGUCUCACACACACCACGGAAGGCGCGCGCGCGUCCAUUCCAAGGGCAAUGGCGCCGCACACCACGGAAGCGGACGCCGCCGCCGCCGCCGGCGACGAGGAGUCGGCGGUGGAGGCCGGCACGCUGCGCCACCGCCACAACGCCGCCAAGGCCGACGACGACGGCGAGAUCAAAGGGAGCGCGCCGGCCGGGGAGGAGGGGGACGCGGAGGCGUCCGUGGAGCGGGCGUUCGAGGGCAGGCCGGUGCCGACGUGGCGGGAGCAGCUGACGCUCCGCGCCUUCGUGGUCAGCUUCUUCCUGGCCAUCAUGUUCAGCGUCAUCGUGAUGAAGCUCAACCUCACCACCGGCAUCAUCCCGUCGCUCAACGUCUCCGCGGGCCUCCUCGGCUUCUUCUUCGUCCGCCUCUGGACCUCCGCCAUCGAGAGGAUGGGGUUCCUCCGCCAGCCCUUCACGCGCCAGGAGAACACCGUCAUCCAGACCUGCGUCGUCGCCGCCUACGACAUCGCCUUCAGCGGUGGAUUUGGCAAUUACUUGUUCGCCAUGAGUGGAACCAUCGCCAGCCAAGCAACAGAGGCUAACGAUGCUCAGAAUGUCAAGGACCCCCACAUCGGGUGGAUGAUAGGGUUCCUCUUCCUCGUCAGUUUCGUUGGGCUAUUUGCUCUUGUGCCCCUGAGAAAGAUCAUGAUCGUGGACUACAAGCUCACCUAUCCAAGUGGCACCGCGACUGCAUAUCUUAUCAACGGUUUCCACACGCCAGAGGGUGCAAAGCUUGCAAAGAAGCAAGUAAGGACAUUGGGCAAGUUCUUUUCAUUCAGCUUCCUCUGGGGCUUUUUCCAGUGGUUCUACACUGCUGGAGACGGCUGUGGGUUUCAGAACUUCCCUUCCUUGGGCCUUCAGGCCUACAAGAGCAGGUUUUAUUUCGAUUUCUCCCCUACCUAUGUUGGAGUCGGGAUGAUCUGCCCCCACAUAGUGAACGUGUCUGUUCUACUGGGAGGCAUCCUGUCGUGGGGUGUGAUGUGGCCCUUGAUACACAACAACAGAGGGAGUUGGUACUCGGCUGACCUCAAAGACAGCAGUCUCCAUGGCCUCCAAGGUUACAGGGUGUUCAUAUCCAUCGCCAUGAUCCUCGGGGACGGCCUGUACAACUUCGUCAAGGUGCUCAUCCGCACGAGUGUCGCCUUCGCGGCGAUGGCGAAGAAGAACAGCACCAUCCCGGUCUCGGACGUGGGCGGCGCCAAGGCCACCGGCGAGCCUGUAUCGUUCGACGAGCAGCGUCGCACCGAGCAAUUCAUGAAGGACCAGAUCCCCAAGUCGGUGGCGUAUGCGGGGUACGCCGCCGUCGCCGCGGUGUCGAUCGCCACCCUACCCCAGAUCUUCCCGGACCUCAAGUGGUACUACAUCCUGGUGGCGUAUGUCUUCGCGCCCGUGCUCGCCUUCUGCAACGCCUACGGGACAGGCCUCACCGACUGGUCCCUCGCCUCCACCUACGGCAAGCUCGCCAUCUUCAUCUUCGGCGCGUGGGCGGGCGCCCCGCACGGCGGCGUGCUCGUCGGCCUCGCCGCCUGCGGCGUCAUGAUGAGCAUCGUGUCCACCGCCGCCGACCUCAUGCAGGACUUCAAGACGGGCUACCUCACGCUCGCGUCGCCCAGGUCCAUGUUCAUCAGCCAGAUCAUCGGCACCGGCAUGGGCUGCGUCAUCGCGCCCUGCGUCUUCUGGCUCUUCUACAAGGCCUUCGACGACAUCGGCAUCAGCGGCAGCGAGUACCCCGCGCCCUACGCCAUCGUCUACCGCAACAUGGCCAUACUCGGCGUCGACGGCUUCUCCUCGCUCCCCAAGCACUGCCUCACGCUCUGCUACGUCUUCUUCGCCGGCGCCAUCCUCAUCAACCUCGUCAGGGACUUGGUGCCCGCCAAGGUCGCCAAGUUCAUCCCGCUGCCCAUGGCCAUGGCCAUACCCUUCUACAUCGGCUCCUACUUCGCCAUCGACAUGUUCGUCGGCACCGUCAUCGUCUUCGUGUGGGGGAUCGUGAACAAGGCCAAGGCCGACGCGUUUGCGCCGGCGGUCGCCUCGGGGUUGAUCUGCGGUGACGGCAUUUGGACGCUGCCGCAGUCGAUCCUCGCUCUUGCAAAGGUGAAGCCACCGAUUUGCAUGAAGUUUCUAUCGAGAUCCGUCAAUGCCAACGUGGAUGCCUACCUAGGAAAUUAA